GACUUCAGUGCAGGCGUGAGGCGUCCGACAGAUGGAAGCAAAGAGACAAUCAAGGGUGACGCGUCAACUUUAGCCAUGCUCUUCACCGACGUCUACUACGCCCACCUGCGCUGAGGCAGAGUCCCCUGUGGACGAUCCUAGGUCCUUCCAAUCAAAAGCUCACCAAUUUGUCAGAUGGGGUUGAUUUGGAUACUUUUACUGCUGAGCUGCGCACUGCAUGAAGCUCUUAGCCAUGAGGGCAUGCAAAUCGCGAUCAUUGCGCGGCGAACUAUCGCCCUCUCAAAUAAGUCAAGCGGAAAGAAGUGGUGCGAGAGCCUCACUAUAGACUCGCUUCCUCAUGAAUUUGCGUCGGAUGCAACUCUCCUCUUGAAUCUAGUCGCCAAAUCCAAUGAUUUAUGCCUUCAACCCAAAGUCAAAGAUGCUGGCGCAAGUACGUUUCCCAUCAGCUGGAGUCGCCGGGAACAUGGGAAAAUCUUCUAUUUUCCCCUUUGGGACGAUGGAGCCGGUACCUGCACAAUUCCCACCGGUGCGGUUGUAAUUUGGCGUGCUCGUACGUCUGACAAGGUGCAAUUCAAGCGAUCUGACGGAACGACGUAUGAUUGCGGUAUGGUCGGCAUUGGUCGCCGUUCAGAGAAGACUGAAGAACUUGUUGCCAGCCGAACACCAAGUUAUCGAUCUCCCCCCGGCGGCCGACUCGGGCCAGCACGGCGACACCACUCUCUCCUUUGACAAAAUAUCGGAUCCGGCCGUCAAAGAAAACGUACGCUGCAAAAAGCAGUCCUGGUGAUCAUUUAGUGACGGAUGUUAUUGAAAGAGAUUUGCCCGCUGGAAGACAAUAGUAGACUUUGUAGCCUCUCUUU